AUGAGUCUUGAAUUAGGGUCACUGUUGUUUGUCUCCUGCUUGAUAUCGACUGCAAUUAUUUUCCGUUCCCAUAAUUAUAUGGGAGAUUAUGGACAAUGUCCGGCAACUAUAAGGGCCAAUCCAAGGCCUUUGCUCAGAGGACGGGGGCCAAUUCUAGGAGAAGGAUCUCGGCCUACUCCUCAUGAUUCUAGAAGAACCUCGGCCUUCUCCUUUUCAGGAGAAGGAUAUCGGCUUCCUCCUUUUCAGAAAAAGGGGUAUGAGAUUCCCAGACUCUCCACUUUUUACGGCUGCACAGAUUAUAUAUUUCUCAAGUUGUUGAGAAUUAAGAUUGAGGAAGCAGGCAAAGAAAUACUUGAACAACUUGCGAGUGGAAGACUUAUUUGCCAAAUUGCUCGAAACCACUCGCUAGCAUUCUCAGAAUUCUAUACCAUGCAGCUAAAGGAUUAA